AUUUCUCAAUUUAUCGAUUAAUUUUUUGUCACGAAAAGUAAAAUCAUGUCAGAUAGCAAGAAGAAGUCAGAAGAAAAGAAUCGUCAGUGUGACGACUCCAAUGUCAACGACACUAUUUUAAUUGCAUUUAGCAAUUAUUCGGAGGUAUACGAGUGGCGGACGUCUGCCGGGAACAAUGAAAAACUGCCAGAAUCCUCAACUUCGUCGGAUUCCGAUUCGGAUUCUGACAAGAAAAAUGUGGAGAACGUGGUAAAAUUGAAAAAGGAAAUGCCAUUGAGAAAAGCCAGAGAUCCUGCUAAUCGGACACCGCUGAAAGACGCCAAAAAUAUCUGUCUUUCCUUCGGAGGAUGCGGAUUUCUUGGAAGUUAUCAGUUCGGAGCGGCAAAAAUGAUUUUCGAUCACGGGAAGAAGCUUAUGAAGCGUGUUGAGAGGUAUUCUGGGUGCUCUUCGGGAAGUCUGGUGGCGGCUAUGUUCAUUUUCAACCCGGAAAAAAUAUCCGAGGCGGUCGAGGAAAUCUAUAAAAUGGCCGAUGAGGUGAACGACAAAACGCUCGGCGCAAUGUCUCCGGGAUUCGUUAUCAGUGAUCGUUUGCGGAAAGUCGUCGAAAAAUUCCUACCUGAUGACGUGGCAAAGGCAAACGAUCUGCUUUUUGUGUCGGUCACCAAGUUGAAGACAUGGAAAAACGAGCUGAUCUCGAAUUUCGAGUCGAAAAUCGAUUUGAUCGAUUGUCUGAUGGCGAGCUGCUAUCAUCCAAUGUACUCGUCGGGUUUGAACGGAAAAGCGCCGAUUCUUCGGGGAGAGGCAUACAUCGACGGUGGCUACUCGAACAUGAUUCCAGAGUUCCUUGACAUGCGUACGGUCACAGUGUCUGCAUUUGCCGGUGAUGCGGACAUUUGUCCCGUCGAGAAAUCUGCAUUGUUCAAUGAUUUUAUGUUCGCAUUCUUUAAUCAGAAUAUGAAGCUCACUCUGUCCAACAUGAAACGCGUCACAAAUGCACUUUUUCCGCCGACACGUGCCAUUCUUCAGGAGUAUUUCAAUGCGGGAGCCCGUGAUGCGGAGAAACUGUUGAAGGAUUCCGGAUUCUACGAAUAAAUUGAACUUUUCUGAGGAGAAAACUAGAGAUUUUUGUGGAAAAUCUAAAAUUUUGUGUUAAUU